AUGUAUGUGAUUGGCUUAUAUGGAGAGGAUAGAAAGUAUAUUGUGAAAGGUAAUGUGGAAGUUAAUGAGUCAGGAGGAGACAAUAUUUGUCAAGAAAUUCAUUGCACUUGUCAAAAAUUUGAGAGUUUUGCAAUUUUAUGGGGUCAUGCAAUUAAGGCGCUUGAUAGAAUGAAUAUUAUGAAAAUUCCUGAAAGGUAUAUAUUAGGUCAAUGGAGACUAGAUGCGAAGGAUUGUGCAAUUGAAGAAACAAUUACAGUGGUUAAGAAUGACCCUAAGUUGGUGAUAGCAGCACGCUACAGAGAUCUUUGUCCUAGAAUGGUAAAACUAGCAGCUCGAUCAUCUGAAUGCAAACUUGCCUAUCAAUUAGUUAAUGAAACUCUUAGGGAUUUGUGUGCAAAGGUAGACAAUAUGAUGGCUUCAUUAGACGGUUCAGUCACUUUCGGUAGUGGAGGCAAUAUUGAAGUGGGUACCAAAGAAUUUGUAGUUGAUCCAAACUUUGCACGAGCUAAGGGCUUAAAAAAGAAAGAGGACAGACACAAGGGUGGGAGUAGAUUAAAACUUUGGCAUGAGAAGACUACUAAGAGAACAAAAGUUGUUUCGCAACCUACCCGCCUUACUUAG